AUGAAAAAUUUAUCAAAAGCAGAGCAAGAGGAGUUGGAUGAUGCAGAGACUGAGAAAAGUAACGGCGAACAAGAAGUGACUCCCAAGUAUUUCAAAUGCACCUACCUUGACGCCGUUGUCAGCAGCCCAGAUGGCAUCGACCGCUCUCAAGCCGACAUGAUGCACUAUGCCGCAACACAUGGUGUAUUGGCUCCUAAGGUUCGAGGAGUAUACGAUAUCAUCACCAAACGACCUAUUGCCCGUGUUAUGGUUAGCGAUCGUGUUCCUGGUGUGCCCCUUGUCGACGUAUGGCAAGAAAUGUCUGAAGCUGAGCAGGCUUCCAUCAAGCAGCAGCUCCGAGCUCAGAUAAAUCAAAUGCGUACUUUGUUUCAGCCGUACAUAGGCUGUAUCAACAAGCAACCCACCCGCAACAUAUACAACACCACUUUUGGUAGACACUGCGGCCCAUUUGAAGAUGAGGAAUCCUUUGAUGACUGGUGUCUCGACAGACUGUCAGGUGGAACCAUUCAACGCUGGAAAUGGAAGAAAGUGCUGGAGCGGCAACGACGUAAAUCUACUGGACGGUUUGUCCUUACGCAUGGCGAUUUAUCACCGCGGAAUAUCAUGGUUGACGGAAGCACCAUCACGGGGAUCAUCGACUGGGAGUUGAGCGGGUUUUAUCCUGAGUAUGUGGAGUACGCUUUUGCUAUUGGUAUUGGUCCUGGAAUAGAAGAAUGGUGGAAGCCCGUCUUGAAAGAGAUACUAGAGCCGUGCUCUUCAGAGAUGGUCAAGUUCACGGCGCUGAUAGAAGAAAGAAUGGGAUCUUACUAG